AUGACUGUCAUGGCUAUCCAAACGAGAUCGAAGAUUCUCAUACCAGAAAAGGUCUCAGCAGAUGGUCUGGCCUUGCUUCAAGACCAAUUCGAGGUACAUGAGAAGAAGAGCCUGAGCCCUGAAGAGCUGAAAGAGAUAAUUGGCGACUAUGAGGCUCUUAUUGUCCGUUCUGAGACCCAGGUGACAGCAGAUUUGCUCAACGCAGCGAAGAAGCUUAAAGUUGUUGCUCGUGCCGGUGUCGGCGUUGACAAUGUCGAUGUCCAAAGCGCCACAACCCACGGCAUCAUUGUUGUGAACUCGCCCUCCGGAAACAUCAAUGCCGCAGCUGAACACACUAUUGCCCUUCUCAUGGCUGUGGCUCGCAACAUUGGUGAUGCAUCCCAGAGUAUCAAGAACGGCAAGUGGGAGCGCAGUCGUUUGACCGGUAUCGAAGCAAAGGGCAAGACACUUGCCAUCGUCGGCUUGGGCAAAGAUUUCCAAGUUGGUCUCACUGUUGCCCGCAUCGCCAACGGCCUCGGCAUGCGACUGAUUGCCUACGAUCCUUACGCGAAUCCAACCCUCGCUGCUGCUGCAUCAGUCACAAUACGGUCAAGUCUUGCAGAAUUGCUUCAAGAAGCCGACUUCUUGACACUACACACUCCGCUCAUCGCAUCCACCAAAGGCAUGAUCGGCAAAGCCGAGUUAGCAACAAUGAAGCCUACAGCCCGCAUCCUUAACGUUGCUCGAGGCGGUAUGAUCGACGAAGACGCCCUAGUCGAAGCCCUCGACGCCGGUAUAAUCGCUGGGGCAGGAAUCGAUGUGUUCACCUCCGAGCCCCCUAAGCCAGACUCGUCAGCAAGCCGCCUCAUCGCUCACCCCAAAGUCGUGGCAACACCCCACCUGGGCGCCUCCACCAAAGAAGCCCAAGAAAACGUCUCCAUAGACGUCUGCGAACAAGUCGUCCUCAUCCUUUCAGGAGAACUACCUCGCAGCGCCGUCAAUGCACCGUUGAUUUUGCCAGACGAGUACCGCACCCUGCACCCAUUUGUCUCGCUGGUCGAGAAAAUGGGAAGCUUGUACACCCAGCACUACUCCAGCACAAACAUAAAGAGCUUCCGUACGACGUUCGAUUUGAUCUACGAGGGCAAACUUGCGAAUUUGAAUACCACCAAGCCGCUCUUCGCCGCACUUGUUAAGGGCCUCCUUACGCCGAUCACCAGCUCCGAUGGCCUCAACAUCAACAUCGUGAACGCCGAGCUUCUCGCCAAAGAACGAGGCAUCCUGAUCAACGAACAGCGCUCCCGCGAGAACGUGGAAGAUAAACCGUAUUCCUCGUUCAUCACGCUGCGCGCGCGCGCCUCGCGGUCCACAUCAUCAGCGCGCGGCGGGUCGAGAGCGACCAGUCCAGCCGCUUCUCGCUCUUCCAACUUAACAAGAAUCGACACGCACCAAGGCGUAUCUCAAGCAGAGCAAAAGCAGGAGCAAGAUCAAAUCAUCCAAGGCUUUGUAUCCGGCAACAAGCCCUUUAUUAGCCGCCUUGAUCGGUUUAAGGGCGAAUUCGUCCCGCAAGGCACUCUGCUCAUAUGCCGGAAUUUCGAUUCGUGCGGGAAGAUUGGGUUUGUUGGCAAUCUCCUGGGCAAGGCUGGUGUGAAUAUUAACUUCAUGAAUGUUGCGCCGCUCGAUGUGGAUGAAGAGGCGGUGGCGGAGGCGAAUGGGAAAGACAGCAACGAGGCGCUGAUGAUUCUUGGUGUUGAUCGGCCAGUGGGUGAGGAUGUUGCUCAGGCAUUGAUUGGGCCCGAGGGCGUGCUGGAGGCUAGUGUUGUGACACUUUGA